UUUGAACCCACUCCCCGCCGCACAUCUCCCGCACUGCCCACUUGUUUUGAUGCGCUCCACUUCCAACCCGCAUCAUGAUACUUUGCUUUGCUUGACGUCGAACCAUCUCUCGACCUUGUUUGUCCCAACCAUCUUUUCGACCAUUUGCUCCCUUCGCUUGUCCGUUUCACGAGAAAAGCCCCGGUUCAUCACAUUAAUCCCUGUGCUCUCCUUGCACAUCUUCGGAGUAUUGUUUCUUGUAUUUUCAGAGAAUCAUCAUGACGUCCGCUCCAUCCGGUCAACUCAACCCAUCGGCGCAGAGCGGCUUUAGCAAUGCCGCUCUGUAUGACAAGCAUCGCCCUUCGUUCCCCGCUCACAGCGUCUCUGUCUUGCUCGACGGCGUACGCGUCGCCGACAGCCCCCAAGCCACAGUCGUGGAUCUGGCGGCGGGCACUGGAAAGUUCACCGAGCUCUUGGCCGCCAGAGAUGAGGGGUACGAGAUCAUCGCCAUUGAGCCGCAUGCCGACAUGCGCAAGGUGCUCGAGGACAAGCACCUCAAAGGCGUCAGCGUCCGACAUGGCCUCUCCACCGACAUGAAGUCGCUGAAGGAUGAGAGUGUCGACGCCGUUAUAGCUGCCCAGGCAUUCCACUGGUUCGCCAAUCUCGAAUCCUUGGAAGAGAUCAAUCGUGUGCUACAACCUCAUGGCGCCUUUGGUAUGAUUUGGAACAUUGAAGACUACAACGCACCGAAAGCACACGCAGCAUCCACAGGCUGGGAGCAAAAGCUUCAAGACUUGAUUCACACUUUUGAUGACAAUCAACCUCGCUUCCGCCAUGAGAAGUGGCGUUCCGUCUUUGAUAGCCAGCUAUCCUCUAACCCUUUCUCGAUCACUACAUCUGCUGAGCCCCUCUUUGCUCUCCCGCUAGCAGAGAACACCGAAGAGUGGAGUGUCUGGUUGACCAAAGAGGCUAUUUGGCAACGCUUCAGCACACUGUCGCAAAUCGCUGUCUUGGAGAGUGAGGAGAAAGAAAAGGUCAAGAGCACUUUUGAAGAAGCAUUGAAGAUGGAAGAUGUAGAGAAGAAUGAAAAGGGUGAGGUCAAGUUACAUGGAAUGACUGUAUCAGCAUGGACGACCAAGAUCCCUCAAAAGGGCGCUGAGAGUCUGUUGACUACUGUCAAAGAUGCUUUGGCCGGCAGAACUUGAGAAGAUGAGAGGAUGAGGAUAUGCUUAUUAUGAAAAGAGAGAAUCGAAGUGAGGGUGUUGUUUGUAGCAGUACGGACAAAAGCAACAGGCGCAAGCCCAUAUCACAUCCACCGAGCACCACGCUGCCGCAUUCUCA